AUGUCCCAGGUCGCACAAGGGGACCAACGGCAGCAGGUCGCCAAGGUUCCGCGGCACAUGAAAAAGUAUCGUAACAAGCAUUUUGAACGCGUACCAGCCUCUGUUUUUAGUGCCAUAGUGUACGCGUUACUUGGAAUCAGCGACCCCACACUACCCAAAUCCUCUUCUUCUUCAUCGACCGAUUCCACUACAAACUUUGAAAACGAAUUUCCAUCGCUUCAAGCGCUACUAUCAGUACUUAACUUUGCACUGACGUGCACGGCAUUUGCACGCGCAGCACUGCCGAUUCUAUGGCGCGACGUAUACUUUGCAAUUGCCGUUUGGAUUUCUUACCCGGAGUCUCCAUUUUAUUUCAGAGCUGCACUACCGCAGCUUGCUCGAAGAGUAGUGGAAGGUGCGCACUCACCGGUAGGACUACUACAAGCAGCGUCGUUUCGAGGGUCGCUUCCUCCACAGGUUGAUAAAGGAGAAGACCAGGAGUAUGCAAAGUUUUUCCCUGAGCGGCCAGGGAGUCCUGCGGCCGCGAUAUGCACACAGAAGGGGUAUAUUUUUUCCAAAUCAUGGUUUAGAUUUACGUCGGUAACAAUUGAGGUUCAAGACGAUACUGGAUCGAUUCACGAAAUGCCGCCGAUUCUUUUUGAAAAAGUGCGAAUGGACAAGAAAAUUUCAAUAUUAAAAAUAUUGCGUCCUUGGAAAAUGUUACUAGCCGCGACAGAUAUCAAGGUGAUUAUGAAUGAUUCCUUUUUAACUCCUAUAAACUCCGAGCUGGCGCGUCGAACUAUCCAUUCAUUAGGACUGAGCGAUCCGCAUGUCAAGAAUGUAGCAUUAUCGCUACCAUUUACUUGGUAUACAAACUUGUCUGCGCUGUCUCCGGUUUACGAGAAGCUCACAGAUCUGACUUUACAGUUGCGGGGUCGCCAUUGUGUGACUGAGACUAUAGGUCAUAUCGAGAAGGUCCUGCAUCUGCGGCGGUUACAUAUUUCAUUUGUCGAUAUAUUGCGAUGUAAUAAUCCAUUGCACAAGAACGAGAAGGGUGAAGAGGAGUUGUCGCAGUUUUUUGCGCGCGAUUCGCUACCAAUUACAGACUUUGGGUUUUAUUCGACCGACUUGCGCAUUACCACAAUCCCCCCUCGUGCAACACGCGUGACACUACGCGCCGACAAUUCACAACUGUAUGCCAAGGCCAUGGCUAACUCGGACGAUUUGUUUGAUGAGGGUGGGGCAUAUCCGUUGGUCAAACAUUUGUCACUGACGGAGUACGGCGAUGUGAUGGGUAAGGGUUUGAUUCGACAGCCUUCCUCUUCUUCCUCUUCGUCGUCGUCGUCGUCGUCAUCAUCUUUAUCAUUAUCAUCAGCAUUGACACCUACAUCAGCCUCUUCUUCUUCUGGUGACGAGGAACAACUAUGGUUCCCUUUUGGGAACUUGGAAGUACUGGAAAUUAAUAACUUUUUGUGCUCGGACAAUCCGCAGCAUGAAAGAUUGCUGCGCAUUGCACUAACUGCAAGCCCUGGGCUUAGCCACCUGCGGUGCUUAUAUCUAGACUGGACACUAUUGAGAUUGAUUCCAGAAUACACACCUACACUUCAAUCUCUUGUGAUUAUGAGGUCAUUACCCAUGGACUUGGGGCCUGGGGAGCCUGUUUCACACAAGGUACAGGUUUCUGCACAAAAGGCGAGUCUUCGUCCGGCAAGUUUAGGCACAGGUGCCAGUGUAGAGCGGGUAGCGUCUGCGAGUCCGCUUAAUGCAAUGACUCUUGAUUUCGAGGCUUCUGCACCGGAUGCGCUUUCGUUACGGAUCUUAGAAGAGCUUCCAAUGCUUCAGCUGCUUGUGUUGAGUGUGCGCGCGGAUGCUUAUGUAUUGACGGAAAUUCACUAUGUAGCUAAGGCACUUCAGCCGCUUGGCAUGUUAUUGGUGAAGGCUGACCGGACACUUCCUGUGGUCAAUGCGUCAUUUACUGCUGAUGAGCAGUAUUCUGCGGCAUUUGCAAAUGUUGCGAACCAGGGAAGUUCCGAGAGUAUUUUACGGUACAUCAACAAGCAUGGGAAGAGGGUCAUUGAGGAAGAGGAAGAGGAAGAGGAAGAUAAGGGAGAUAAUGGUAAUGGUAAUGGUAAUGGUAAAGAAAGACAAGUUGAUGAGAGCUUAGAUUCUCAACAAAAGAAGAAGGAUAAGACGGCGAGAAUAGCGGCUACGAGAGGGUUUGAAGAAGGUAUUGAAGGGGGAUCAGUGCUACAUGUUUUUGGACGGGCUUCUGGGCUUGCUCGAGAGACAAUUUUUUUUGAUGAUGCAGCAACAGAUUUUGGGUCUCAGUUUAUAGUGCCUGAGCGGUAUGCAUUCCCUCACCUCAAGUUUACUACACGGUCGUAUAUGGAGUCUGUGGCAAGGUUGAACAUAGCUGAGUAUUUUGAAGAGACGGCAUUGACACAGACAUUCCCUUAUACAUUGUAUCAUCCGGAGGUUUUAGAGUAG